GAUGGAGAGAAAGAGGAUCUCAAGCAGGCUCUGCACCGUCAGCAUGGAGCCCGACUCAGGGCUCGAACUCCCAAAACCGUGAGAUCACGACCUGAGCUGAAACCAAGAGCCGGACGCUUAACGGACCGAGCCGCCCAGGCGCCCCUUUUCUCAUCUGUUAGACUGGGACCCACAGCACUGGUGAGGACCUCGGCCCCUCACCUUUUUCAAGCGCAAGGAUGUGCCCUUGAUCGUUAGAUCAAGGUUACUUGCCUCGAUCUAACUAACACCCUGUACCUUCCCCAUCUGCUCUCAGGAAGGCCCAGACGGAGGGCGGAGGCAUUCAAAGCCAGAUCGGGUGGCUUGGCCGCAGUCCCUGGCCCAGCCUUCUCUGCUGCUAACUGCGGGCCUCCCCGCGGGGACAAGCAGACCCCAACGGGAAGGAAACCAGCAGGGAGGAUCUCGUGCCACACCUGCCGUGGCUGCACCUGUCUCACAACCCACCACACCCAACACUCCUAGCCCUACAUACAAUAACCAACCCCGGGCGCUUCCGGGCAUCAGGUGACUGGUCAAGAGCUUCCUCCCUAUUUGUGUACCUGCCGGACACUCCUAACAUCUUCCAGCUGCUGCUGGCUCGGGUGGCCGAUCACAAGCUCAGGCCCCGGGGGCACAACCCCCACCCCCGCCCCCAGGGAAAGCGUCGAAGGAUCCGCCAGCCCCGAGCCCCAGUGGCCACCUGCUGCCCGCUCAAGGUUACCUUGCUCCAACUCCUCCAGUGGCCGGCCGGAGCCAGCCCAGAGCCCCCUCCGGGUCAGCCCAGCUCCCGCAGGAACCAGGACAAUCAUUAAUCGGAUUCUUGACAUUCUUUGGCCCCAGGUCGGCUUGGGAAGCAUGCUCCCCGGAAGAGGAGGAGCAGAGUCCCAGGACUGGCAUUUGGACAUGCAGCUGGCAGGCAAGGUGGUGCUGUCGGCCGCCGCGCUGCUCCUGGUGACCGCAGCCUACAGGCUGUACAGGUUGAGGCCCGCCCGGGCCCCGCUGGGGGACAGGAACUCCAAGGCCGAGGAGAAGGCCGAGGGCUCCGGGCAGCCGGCGGACCCGGGGGCCGUUCCUGGGGCACCACACCGGGCUCUGAGACGCCGGAGGGGAAGCAAGGGGGCCGGCUGUGGCUGGGAAAGUCAGGGGGGCUCCCGAGUCCCGGCAACAGGACGCUCUCCCGAAGACGCAGAAGCCCAAGAGGCUCGGGAGCGCGAGAAGAAGGGCGCUGGUGUGGAAGGGGGUGGGCAGGGCCUUGUCUCUGAGCUGGCACCUCCUCGCUGCAGUGGCCAGGAAGCCGGAACAGCUGUUGGUGGUAAGCCCGAGCCGCCCCACCACCCCACGGUGGGCGAUGAAUUCCAAAGCUCCCCACUUGGCCUCGCUGCGGCAGAGGGGAGCAGGGUGGGCAGGGCGCCUACUCCAUGGCGGGACGGCGGACCCCCGGGACAGCCAGGGCUCGCGGAGCAGGAGUCCCCCGCCACGAGCCUGAUGGCCCACACGGAAGGCGAGAGUGACAUGAACAGGAGCUGGGUCUUUCCUCGCAACAGGGGGGUCCACGGGGAAGAGGCCGGGGCCCUCCAGGCGGCCGUGGACAUGGGCCUGACCCUGCACCAGCGGGAGGGAGCCACCAGUGCCUCCUAUACCUACUCGUCUGUGUCCCGGGUUCGCGUGGAGGAGAACUUCAUUCCUGAGAAGGUGGAGGGGAUGGGGCCCAGGCUGAAGGGCAAGGUGUACGAUUACUAUGUCGAGUCCACUUCCUGGGCCACCUCCAAGGGCCGGCUGGCCCCCAGGACAGCCGCCCCGGCUGAGGCUCCACUCCCCGGGCCCCUGCCAGGAGCCCCGGGAACAGAGGCCGCUUCAGGAGGCCGGGAAGGUGGAGCCGAAACACCCACCUCCUGCCAGCCGGGGCCGUCGCCCCCCACGCAAGGCUUCGGCAGGAAGGAGAGCCUCGUCCGGAUCAUGGAGAACCCGGAGCUCCAGCUCCAGCUCGAGGGCUUUGGGGCCCCCGCUCCGUCCUGCCCAGACCAGAGCGCCCCGCCUGGCCACGCCCUUCCCCAGGCUUCUCUCGGGUCCAGCUCGGCCGGAAGCAGCCGGGAGGCCCACGUGCAGCUCGUGGCGGGGACCAACUUCUUCCACCUCCCGCUGGCCCCCGGCUCAGCGCCAGACGUGCACCUGGAUCUGGGCAACUGCUACCAGGUGCUGACCUUGGCCAAGAAGCAGAAGCUGGAGGCGCUGAAGGAGGCGGCCUACAAGGUGAUGAGCGACAACUACCUCCAGGUCCUGCGCAGCCCGGACAUCUACGGGUGCCUGAGCGGGACAGAGCGGGAGCUGAUCCUCCGGCGCCGCCUGCGGGGCCGCGAGCGCCUGGUGGUGGCGGACGUGUGCCCCCAGGAGGGCUCGGGCCGUCUCUGCUGCUACGACGAGGCGCAGGACGCCUGGCACCCGCUGGCCCGCCUGCCCCCCGAGGCGGUGUCCCGAGGCUGUGCCCUCUGCAGCCUCUUCAAUUACCUCUUCGUGGCGUCCGGUUGCCGGGGGCCCGGGCACGAGCCCUCCAACCGCGUCUUCUGCUACAACCCGCUGACCGACAUCUGGAGCGAGGUGUGCCCGCUGAACCAGGCCCGGCCGCACUGCCGGCUGGUGGCCCUGGACGGCCACCUGUACGCCAUCGGCGGCGAGUGCCUGAACACGGUGGAACGCUAUGACCCGCGCCUGGACCGCUGGACCUUUGCGCCGCCGCUCCCCAGCGACUCCUUCGCCCUGGCGCACACGGCCACGGCGUGUGCGGGCGACGUCUACGUCACGGGCGGCACCCUGCGCUACCUGCUGCUCCGCUUCUCGGCCCGGGAGCAGCGCUGGCGGGCGGGCCCCACGGGGGGCGGCAAGGACCGCACGGCCGAGAUGGUGGCCGUCAACGGCUUCCUCUACCGUUUUGAUCUCGACCGCCGCCUGGGCAUCAGCGUCCACCGCUGCAGCGCCAGCGCCCGCCUCUGGUACGAGUGCGCCACCUACCGCACCCCGUACCCGGACGCCUUCCAGUGCGCCCCGGUGGGCGACCUCAUCUACUGCGUGGGGCGCUGGCGCUCGCUCUGCUUCCUGGCCGACCACAUCUCGCCCAGGUUUGUGCCCAAGGAGCCACGGAGCUUCCCCUCCCCGCGGGGCACCCUCCUGCCCGCCGUCCUGACCCUGCCGGUCCCCGACGCGCCUCAGACCAGGGUCUAGCUACCCACCCCCCACCCCCACCCCCCCCGCCCCCACCCCCCCCGCUGGACUUCUGCUGCCAAACUGGAAGCAAAAAGCACCCCUGCCCGCCACUCCGUGAGCCAUCUCUGGGCGAGCAGGCAGCUCGGGAAUUCCGCCCGCGCGCGAGGUGAAUGCUAACCCUACCCCCUCCGCUGGCCGGGGCCUCGGAUGCGUCUUUGCUGUCCCCGGG